CCCACAUAACCCAGGCCUAUCAAAACAUCCAUCUGAUCAUCUAUUUGUGUGAUAGAAGAUGUCUGUUCUUCCUUCCUUCCUAGGUUGUUUUCAUGGCACACCAUUUGUUGUUGGGUUAUGAACACAUAAAAAAAAAAAAAGUACAAAAAUAAAAACAAAUAAAACGCCCAGACCUUAACUCUCACUUCUCACCCUCUUGUCUUCUUCUUCUUCUCGUGUUGUUAUUUACCCUAAAUACAUAAACAUAGUAUCAUACCCACUGUCUGCAACCCCAUACAGUUUCUGCUCAAAACUGGUUCAUCUUCUUCUCCUUCUUCUCCUUCUUCUCCUUCGUCUUGUUCUCUGUUUGUAUUAAAGAUCUAAUCUUUGGUUCUUGAUGGGUUUUGUGGUUUCAGAGAUGGUGAAAGUUUGUUAGGAGAGGAGGAUAUGGCGGGUGAAGAAGGUGAAGGGAAAGGAAGGUCGUCGUCCAUGGUGACAAAUACAGGGUAUUGGUACAGUGAUUCUGCGAUGAAUACUCAGAUUCAGAGUGGUCAUAUGAUGAGUCAACUCCAAAGCUUUGAGCCCAACCCAGAGAUCUACAAUUUGAGUAGUGGCAUGGAGAUGAUGGUAGGGUUUCCCUUCAAGAAUCUGCAGGCCCAGAGUGAUAUGUGGAAGCCUGUUCCAUUAUCCCACAGUGAGAACAUGGUGGCUGGCGGCGGCGGGGCACCGGUUCUUGGCGGCGGCGGUUGGGCGGUGGAAGGAAAUAAUAAUAGUAAUGAGAUGAAAGUGUCUAUAACCCAGAAAGGCCUUUCACUCUCUCUCAGCUCCACUAAUCCUUCUGCUAUUGGCUUCAACUCCUUUGAUGAUCUCAGGCUUAUGGCUGCUUCUUCUUCAAGCUCUAGGUUGAAUAACAUUCAACAUGAUGAAGAUGAUAGGUUUCUGGGAAAACCAGAAAAUCUGGGCCAUCCAUCCCAAGACUACUUCUUCCAGAUCAGAAGCUCAAAGUAUUUGGGCCCUGCGCAAGAGCUCUUGAAAGAGUUCUGUUGCGUUGGAACAACCCAAUCUGAUGAACCAAAGAGAAAGAGCCAAUGGCAGCAAGAUGACCACACCACUUCUUCACAAAACCAUUCUUUGGGUUCCCUUCACUUUCUGGAAUUGCAGAAAACAAAAUCAAAGCUCCUUCAUCUGCUAGAUGAGGUGGAUAGGAGAUACAAGCACUAUCGUGAUCAAAUGACGGCGGUGGUAUCAUCGUUUGAGGCGGUGGCCGGUGACGGCGCUGCGACGGUGUACUCCGCCUUGGCUUCCAGGGUGAUGUCAAGGCACUUCAGGUGUUUGAGAGAUGCGAUCUUGGCUCAACUUAAAGCUGCCAAGAAGGCCAUGGCGGAGAAGGAGUCCUCGUCGGCGGCGCCGGGAGCCACUAAAGGGGAGACGCCGAGGCUUAAAAUGAUUGAUCAGACACUCCGGCAGCAGAAGGCUAUUCAGCAGCUCACUAUGAUGGAUAGCCAUCCAUGGAGACCCCAACGUGGCCUGCCGGAAAGAUCAGUUUCCGUCCUCCGGGCUUGGCUUUUCGAGCACUUUCUUCACCCGUACCCAAGUGAUGUGGAUAAACACAUUUUGGCACGCCAAACAGGUCUUUCAAGAAGUCAGGUGUCUAAUUGGUUCAUCAAUGCAAGGGUGAGACUAUGGAAACCCAUGGUGGAGGAGAUGUACCUUGAAGAAGUGAAGGAACAAGACAACAUUAUGGGAUCCUCAGACGGAUCAAGAGCCGCCGUUGACGGCGGUUCCGGCCGGGAACGGCUAGAUAAAAAACCCAACGUCGUACGUCUAGAUUCCGAAUGCAUCUCUUCUCUCAUUAACAUCCCCGCAAAGGCGGGCGGCGACCACCACCAGUUUGGAGCCGUGGAGCUGGACUUCUCGCCGUACACCCACAACUCCGGCGGCGCUGUCGGCUACCGGCCGGGCGAAAGGAAAACCGGCGGCGGCGGCGGCGUGUCGUUAACGCUGGGGCUACAGCAACAUGGAGGAAGCGGAAUAGGGUUAGCAUUUUCGCCGACGUCUCAGAAUUCACUGUUUUACCCUAGAGAUCAAAUCGGAGAUUGCCCGCCGGUCCAAUAUUCACUGUUGGACGGUGAAGGUCAGAACUUGCCUUACCGGAACUUGAUGGGUUCGCAGCUACUUCACGAUCUGGCCGGCUAAGAUCAGAACAUCAUCGGCUUCAAGAAUCUCUGAUCUCCCAUCAUCAAAACACAUUCUAUGAUUUUACCAGCCUAUAUAUACUAUCACCAUUGAGCCAAACAAUUUCUUUUAAUUCCCUUUAGAGUAAAAGGUUGUUGAGGUUAAUUACUGGUCAAGUAAAAUUUCAAAAAGUUGGCUUUCUGUUAAUGCCCAUUAUUGUUAAGCUUUUCUAGCCUAUUAGCUUUAAUUUGUGGUGUAUAGUUUUACAAUAUUCCAACUAGUUUGAACAAUAUAUGGCUGGUAAUUAAUUUUGAAUUCUUUCCUCU